AACGAGGUUCGGCUUCUAGCCGCCAUAAGUGUUGUUCGACUAGUAGGAUUAAUAAUUCGGACAUUUUUUCGACGAAACUAAAAUAUCUUGAUUAAAAAUUUGUGAACACUGAUUGAAACACGUACAUUGGAUCUAAAUUGUCGAGUCGACUGUUCGUUAUAUCGCGUAAUAAUUCGAUCGUGUAGUAAUAAAGCUGUGUAAAAAAUUCCUGGCUUCCGGGAGGAGUGCAUUUUCGGUAGAGGAGUUCGUUGAUUGUCGACAUUGCCAAUACGCACAUGUCGUGGUCGUCCUAAAACAGGUAUUCCUGUUACUAAAAAAUUUAAAUUCAAUUUUUUAAUCAUCAGUAAUAGGCGCUAAAUAACAUUAGUUCGAUCAAUUUUCAAAAGAAAAUAUUUAACAAUACAUUAUCGUCGAAUAUAUUUAUUUUUGUUUGCGUUUGAACAAAAACAAGCAGAUAAAGUUAUCGAUUUAAGAAAGAUCAUUUUCAAACCUGUGGCAGUCUCAUCGUAGAUUGUUAUUUAUUUUUUGAGUUCCAUGUUUCUCAAAUUAAAAAUUAAAGUCAUCAAGGAUGGAUCAGAUUAGCCAUAGAUAUCAACCACCGCCAGGAUACCACAUUUUCAAAUUACGUGUUGCCGACCUUCCCGACAAAGAUUUCAUCGAAGUUGAAAUUUCAGCCGAUCAGAUAUCAACAUACCACGACUUUUUAAAAUUUUGUUGUUACGAAUUUCACAUUCCGUCAACAGAUUACGUGGAAAAAAUUCGCAAAUUGCCCUCGACACGAGUACGAAAUGACGCAGACAUAAAGAGGUUUCAAACGUUUGAAUCUUUUGAGCUUGUUUUAGUAAGUCCUGAACGGCUUAAUCAAGCUUACGCAGGUUUAAUUUGAUUAUAAUUAAAUUCUAGUCGA